AUGCAAUUCCCGCUCAGUGAAAAACCCGCGCAUAGUGCCCGCCAAAAACCCCCUUUGUCCGUUGGUGUCUCAAGGGCGACCCCGGCCUGCUUAUCAGUCCAGGAAUCACAAGUUGGGAAAGAAACCUUAUACAGUAGAGUUCCAGUUAUCCGUCUUAAACGGGCGGGCCCAAUCUCGGAUAUCUGGAUCUGUCGGAUAACCGGAUCUGUGGAAGCGCAGGGCAUACUGCUUCUUAGUGACACGCUCUGCACUUCUCAAAAGGCCCAGGCCUCAAAGGAUUCGCUCAGCAAAAGCCUCUGUCUCUGUUACCGGUACCUCUACCAGAGCAGUCAGAACUAUGCUACAGUCAUCAUCCAGACUCUCAAUGGGGAGUUGCGCGACGCGGUUUGCAUCUUCUAUUUGGUCCUCCGGGCUCUGGACACUGUGGAGGAUGACGUGACGAUCAGCUUGGAAACCAAGGUCCCCAUGUUGCACAAUUUCCACUCCUAUCUUUAUCAGCCAGAUUGGCGGUUCAUGGACAGCAAUGAUAAGGACAAGCAAGUGCUAGAGGAUUUCCCAGUGAUCUCUUUGGAAUUCCGCAAGCUGAAGAAGGUAUAUCAGGAUGUCAUUGCUGACAUUUGUCGCAAGAUGGGCCUCGGGAUGGCCGAGUUCUUGGAGAAGAAGGUGGAAUCUGAAGAAGACUGGGAUAAGUACUGCCACUACGUCGCUGGUCUGGUGGGGAUCGGCCUCGAACAACUCUUCUCUGCAUCCAAGCUGGUGGACCCUGUUGUUGACCAGGACACAGAGCUUGCAAACUCCAUGGGGGUUUUCCAGCAGAAAAUCAACAUCAUUCGGGAUUACCAUGAAGACCUACUUGUGGGCAGAGAGUUUUGGCCUCGAGAGGUGUGGAGCAAGUAUGCAAAGACGAUGUCGGAUCUGGCCAAGCCUGAGAACAUUGACAAAGGUGUCCAGUGUCUGAAUGAGCUCAUCACCAAUGCUCUGCAUCACAUCCCUGAUAUCUUGACACAUCUGUCACAACUGAAGAACCAGAGUGUGUUCAAGUUCUGUGCUAUCCCCCAGGUGAAGGGCAUUGCCACCUUGGUAGCCUUCUACAACAACCCGCAGGUCUUGCAGGGACUGGUGAAGAUCCGAAAAGGGCAAGCCGCCACUCUAAUGAUGGAUGCCACCAACAUCCAGGCUGUCAAAGCCAUCACAUUCCAGUACAUGGAAGAGAUUUACCAGAAGAUCCCCAGCACGGAUCCUUCCUCCAGCAGAACCCAACAAAUUGUCACUUCUAUCUGUUCAAUGUGUUCACCCGGAAGGACCCUGGUCCCACGAACCCAUUACUCCUUAAGUUACUUGUCUUGCAUGAUGGUUUUAGCAGCCCUAGCCUGGCAAUAUCUGAGCAUAAUGUUCAAGGCAGCUUAGGAAGACUGUCAAGAACUGAGGAGGCAGAGAUGGUUUUAUUUUUAAAAUUCAUUUUAUUGGGUCUUCAAAACGGUUAACUUAAACCCAACAAAGUGAAAAUAAAGUAAUAAAAACACAGAUACUAAAAUAUUUAUUAUUUAUAGUAUUUAUAUUCUGCCUUUCUCACCCCGAAGGGGACUCAGGGCAGAUCACAAUGCACAUAUACAUGGCAAAACACUCAGUGCUAUUAUUAGACAUACAACACACAGACAGACAGACAGUAGAGGUAAUUCAACAAUUUUCAACUUCCGAAAAUGAAACAAAAGGAUCAAAUACAGAAGUCAUAGCAUUCUUUCCAUACCACUUCCCUCCACAUUUACCAAGUAAAACCAACAAAUAAUCCCUGCCCCACACAUUAUUUUAUUUUAUUUUAUUG